UGCGAAUAUAUGCAUGUUCUUCUAUUCGCAGGAAAGAGUAAACACCCACGAAAGAAACAACAACAAACGGCAACGGCACAGAGCAUUUUCUAGACGUCUAUUACGAAGUUGUUCGAAUGCAGAUGGCUCGAUUGCACUGGGCGUCCUAACCUUCAUCAACUUUCGUUUACCUGCUCAAGUCAUUCAUUCCUUCAUUCAUUCCAAGGAAAGGAACUCAUAUGCCUUGCCUAACUGGAGUUGAGCAGCCCACCAUGGAUGGUGAAGAUCAUUUCGCUGAAAAUGGAGCAGAAUCAUCUAGCUGUCUGUCAAAGUCAGGACUUCCGCUAACUCAACUAAGAACUGAUCUUUUGGAUUUUUUGGUUUCUAAUGACCAAGCACACUUCAAAUGUCAACAUAAAGAUGAUCCUGAGCUAUCUCAGGAUUCCAAGAGAAAAAUUGCUGAAGAUCUUUUGGACCACAGCCCAGCACAAUUUCUCAAUCGGUUUGGACAAUUUCUGCAGAAAGAUCACUUAAAAUACUUCACAGGAAAUGCAGAGCUAUUACACAGAGAAUCCUAUGAGAUUGCCUUUCAUUUGAAAGAAUUGGAACGUUUUUAUUGUAAAGCAACACAUUCUGUUGAUGUAAAGAACCGUCGGUAUGAUGCACUCCAGAAGAUGAUUGCUGGAGGUAGCUCUUAUUUCUCAGAAGAUGAAAUGAGACAAAGGAACCCUUACCUGUAUGAACAGCUAGUUGGACAGUAUUUAACUGAAGAAGAACGAAAAGAAAGAGAAACUCCAGAUCUUGAAAACAUUUCAUUUGUUAACUUAUUGCUGGUAAAAAUAUCCAAGGAUGAAACAAAAGAACUAAAAAACCAACAAGAGAAAGAAGAGAAUGGUGAGCAGGCUGAUUCAUCCCCCAGUAGUGAUGAAGAUGAUGAGGAAAUGGUGACAAGCACAAAAAAUUGGAAUGAGCGUAGCACUUGGGGAGAAACUUCUGAUGAUAUUACCAAAUUAAUGAACAAUAGGAAAAAGAAGAAGACCGAAAGAAAAAAGAAGAAGGAAAAUGGGUCUACACCAGUGGAAUGUGCUGAAUCAGCCAAAGAAAUUUCAGAUGAUGAGAGACUUCUAUUAAUGCAAGAAUUUGUGUCUACCAUGUACAACAGUUUUAUUGAUGGCAAAGACACUGAAUUUGAUUACAGUCUAGUUGAUUAUAACCCAGAGUAUGACUGUGUUGGGGAACGAGAAAGGGAUGAGGAAGAAAAAUAUUUUGAUGCUGAAACCCCAGAAGAUGAAGACAUGGAAGUGCUUGAUGAAACCUCAGAUACUGUAGACAGUACAGAGCCUGAUAAGUCUGAGUUGCCAUCACUUCCAUCCCUAGCUGAAAGACGGAAAGCCCAAGAGGAAGAGGAGGACACUCUAGACGCCUUCAUGAAAACAGUGUCGGCUCCUGGGCAAACCUCGGACAUUGACCUGACUGCUGCUUUUCAAAACUUAUCCCAUCAGAGUCGAGUUCAACAGCCAGAAAUGUCGAGGGUCAUUAAAAAGUCCCAUGUAAUCAAGAUAAAUCUGAAAAAGAACUGAAAACAUCACUGUACUGCACAUUACUACCGACGUGCUUUUAGACACAUUUCCAUUUUUUUUGUUUUUGUUUGUUUGAACGUUUAGAAAUAAACUAAGUUAGUUGCAAAGAA